GGCCAGUCAGUUUGCCAAUCACUUGCUGCAUUGCGCUUUGCUCGGACGUAGUAUCGCCCAGCAUUAAAUCUAAAUAAGUUCUUUUUUGGUUGGAUUUCUAACCGUCUAGUACAAAGUCUACGUGACAAUAAUACGAGAAUGUGUGUUUAAUACUCAGUGAAUUGAAGUUUUCAUUCAUCGUUCAUCGCUGCUUCUGUGCAAAAGUCGUGACCCCAAAAAAAGCUGCUGCUGCUUGUCCUCGCCAAACACACUUUCACUUAAGUACCUUACGCCCACUAGGAAUAAUUGUGCAAUAAUUAAAGAGACUUAAGAUGUCUACGCAGGAAAAGGAAAAGGUCAUUCGUGUUGGUUCACGCAAAAGCGAGCUGGCGCUCAUUCAGACCAAGCAUGUCAUCGGGCGACUGCAGAAACUUUAUCCCAAGCAGAAGUUCGAGAUACAUACCAUGUCCACCUUUGGGGACCGUGUGCUGAACGUUUCACUGCCGAAGAUUGGCGAGAAGAGUCUCUUCACUCGCGAUCUGGAGGAUGCGCUGCGCAAUGGCGGCGUUGACUUUGUUGUGCACUCGCUCAAGGAUCUGCCCACAGCGCUGCCAACGGGAAUGGCUGUGGGCGCGGUGCUGGAGCGUGAGGAUGCCCGCGAUGCGCUGGUGCUGCGCGAGAAUCUGAAGGGGCACACGAUUGCCACGCUGCCCAAGGGCAGUGUCAUUGGCACCUCCUCGCUGCGGCGCACAGCGCAGAUUCGUCGCCAGUACCCGCAUCUGAUUGUGUGCGACAUUCGUGGCAAUUUGAAUACACGUCUGGCCAAGCUGGAUGCCAAGGAGUCCAAGUUUGCGGGCAUCAUACUGGCGCAAGCGGGCCUCGUGCGCAUGGGCUGGAUGAGCCGCAUUAGCCAGGUGCUGGAGCCCACGGAUCUGCUCUAUGCCGUCGGUCAGGGCGCUCUGGCCGUCGAGUGUCGCGCCAACGAUGCUCAUGUGCUGACCAUGCUGCAGAAGCUCAUGUGCCUGAACACCACGUGCCGCAUAUUGGCCGAGCGCAGUUUCCUUAAGACGCUGGGCGGCGGCUGCUCUGCCCCGGUUGCUGUCUGGAGCAAUCUGAAAGGCGAGCCAAGCAGCAUCAAUGCCAACAACAGGCAGCAGCAGCAGCAGCUGGAAGAAGUGGGCUUGUCGCUAACUGGCGCUGUCUGGAGUCUGGAUGGUGCGAUUGAAAUACGCGAGCAUCUGGACUGUGCCUUGAAUGAAUCUGAGACGGAGGUGCUGCGGCGCAAGCGUGCCGCAAAUGAGCAACAACAGCAGCAGCAGCAGGAGCAGGAAAUGACCAAUGGCAACAACAGCAACAGCUGUGACUCGCCGCCUGCCACGAAGCGGGCUAGGAAUGGCAACAGCCUGCCUGCGAAUGGCACUGGCUCCGGGUCUGGCUCGGGCUCCGAUUCCAGCUCUAAUAGUCCGCGCCAACAGGGUAGUCCGCCGGUCAUUUGCGAGGACGUCUCGGUCACAGGCUACAUCAUGGAGGACCUGAUCGAGCGCCACAUCGAUUUGGCGCGCAAGUGUCCCGUCGUUGGCCACGACAAUAACAAUGCACUAGGCGCUGGCGGUGACGCUGGCGGCGGUGGCGGCGAUGCAGACACCAGCAAUGCCAACACAAUUGCUCACUGCCCGUUGCCGUUGAAGGUCGGCCAGGACGUUAUGGGCGAGUGUCCGUUUGUCGACAAUGAGACGAAGAUUUCGUACGCCAUUGCGGGCAAGUGUCCGGUCACUCACAUGGCCCCGCUUCCCACGCCAAUGCGCAGCAAUGGCGAUGAGCCGGACAAUGCGACCACGACAGCAGCCUCUUCCAAGUGCCCGUUUGCAGCCAUGCACCAAGGCAGCGGCCUCGAGGUCAGCCAAGAGAUCACGGGUCACGCGAAAUGUCCCUUCCUGCAGAAGACAGUGCAAAUGUUCGAUUAUGCCGAUGAGGAACAACCGCAGCCGCAGCAGCUCAAGCUGCCUGUGCUCAUCGAGGAUGUGGACAAUCUAUUCUGCGGUCUCUAUCAGCACGCCUGCCACAGCAGGGACAUAUACGUGAAGGCCAAUCGCUUGGGCCAGACGCUGGCCGAGCAGCUGAUCAAGAAGGGUGCGCUCGACGUGAUGAAGGUGGCCCAAGCGGAGAUUCACAGCAAAGUGGGCACCUGAGGCAGCACGGGCACACACACGGCUUUCAAUCUUUAUCAUCACCAUAAUCCAUUCAAGAGUACGCAUUAAGUAGAAAAGUUGAACUAGAAAA